AUGCCUGAGCUAGCUGAAAUCCACCGCAUUGUGCAUUUCAUCCGCCAACAUCUCGUCGGCAAGACCCUAAGCAAAGUGACCACUCAAAACGAUGACAUUAUAUACGGCAAGGUAGGUACGAGUGCCGCCGAAUUUCAAAAGGUGAUGGAGGGCAAGAAAGUGGUUGGUGCUGGGCAGCAGGGGAAAUACUUUUGGAUCGCAAUGUCUUCCCCGCCGCAUGCCGUAAUGCAUUUCGGCAUGGCAGGGUGGCUUAAGAUUCGCGAUGCUGAUACAUACUACUACCGGACGGACAAGCCAGAGGAUAAGCAGUGGCCGCCGAAGUAUUGGAAGUUUCUUCUAGAAACCGAUGGAGACCCAAAGACCGAGGCUGCCUUUGUUGACUUCCGCAGAUUGGCGCGGAUUCGGUUGGUGGAUUGCCCGGCGGAUGAGAUUCGAAAGUACACACCUCUUAAGGAGAAUGGGCCAGAUCCUCUCGCCGACAAGGACGUGGUUACGGAGGACUGGUUGGGUAUUAAGCUGAGGAGCAAGAAGGUGCCGGUCAAGGCGCUUCUUCUUGACCAAGCGAAUAUCAGUGGCAUUGGCAAUUGGAUGGCCGAUGAGAUUCUAUACCACGCUAAAAUACACCCUGAACAAUACAGCAACACGCUGACAGAUGACCAAGUCAAAGAACUCCACUCCGCCACUCAUUAUGUCUGUACUACCUCCACCGAGGUAUUAGCGGACUCAGACAAGUUCCCUGAACACUGGCUGUUCAAACAUCGGUGGAGUAAGGGCAAGAAGAACAAAACAUCCGUCCUGCCAAACGGGGAUAAAAUCACCUUUCUCACUGUGGGCGGCAGAACCAGUGCUGUGGUCCCAAGCGUGCAGAAGAAGACUGGCCCUGUCGCAGGUGAUGUGAAGGAAGAGGAUGGAAGCAGUGAUGAGCCUGAAGCCAAGCGAAAACGGACAGCUCCGAAGAAAGAGGCACCGAGCACCAAGGCAAAGGUGGCGAAGAAGGAGGGAAAACAGAUGAUUAAGGCUGAAGAUGAUGAAGAUGAAGGCAAAGAGACGGAGAGUUCAUCAACAAGACGACGCUCAACACGAAACAGAAAGUAA